CUAGCAGAGGCGUGGGUCUAGGGCUAAAACACUCGCACUUGAUUCUCCGCUGCUUAUAAUUGCUUCUAUCGAGUCUGGCACUCGAGUCAUCAAACUAUCUGUUUUUCGCAUCACCAGUCGCAACCAUGUCUGCACCACUCUAUAUCCUUCAUGACGGCUACCCCACGACGCCCAUGGCCACCUUCCCGCCACCGCUACCCAACGCACACCCACCUUUGCGCGUGCGCUGUGGUGUUACAAUGCGUCUGCAUCUCUCGACGCAUGGCCUGUCGUCGCCGGCGUGGCCGUCGCCCAAGGGCCAUGUUCAGCCCCACCGGAAUCAUCUUCCGCGCCGCCGUAAUCCCAGGCGUGUCGUUCUUCACGACCAUGAGGAGACGAGGCUCGCACAGCCCGUGCUGGAGCUGGAGGCGGAGGUUCCUGCGCUUGUAGUGGAGGAGGAGAAGUCGGAAGAGAAGGCCCCAACGGAGGAGACGCUGGUCGGGGAUGGAAAGCCUGUGCCCAAAGGCCACGUUGAGCCGCACCGCAGCCAUCUUCCCCGACGCCGGAAGGUCCGGCGCGUCGUCCUCUACGAUACCGACGACGACAAGCCUGUGGCGGAGUCAUGUUCUCUGAAGGCUGCACCCGCAGCGGAGGAGCCCGUCCAGGAGUCAGUAUCCGUCAUGGACGAGUUUGCACCCGUUCCGCUCGCCGAUCAGUCGCAAUUGCAAGUUGUCUUGCCGUUCAUGAGCAUUGCAUACGUCGAGGACGACGCGCUCGAGUACUUGCCGGGCAACUCUGCGGACGAGCCGUACACACACAUCGUCAGCAUCCGGUACGGCGAGUCGUCCGGCGUCUCGCGCUCGUACGAGAAUCGCUGCACGUACCUCCGAUUUACGUUCGGACCGCGCGACUCAAACUCCCGCCGGGCGGGCCUUGGACUCAGCGACGCCCAGCUUCGUGCCGCGCGUGACUUCCUCGCUGAGCUCUGUCCCCACCUGCACACCGCUCCCUCGGGCGUGCGCAUUCUGAUCGCGACGCCGCCUGAGCACCCGACAGACGCGAUGUGCAUGCUCGCAUGCUACCUUGCGUUCGUCACGGGCAAGGACGUCGACGGCGUUCUGCGCGCGAUCGACACGGAAGAGGGCUUCCUGAGCACAUGGAAGGGUGAAGUGUCGGAGGAUGAGGUAGAGAAGGUCGAGAAGAUCGCGCGGGCGUGGUCGUGGAUGUCGCAAAUCGUCAAGCCGAACAUUACUGCAUAGAUGUAACUACGAACUCGGCUGGCACGAGCAUAGAGGAGCUAGAGACUACAUGCUUAUAUCAUUUUAUUGUAAUUUAACGAUACUAGAGAUGUGUAUUCGAAGACUCCCGCUUGAAUACACUACGAUGUCGUCAUAAUUGGACGGUACCAGAUCAGCACCGACAAACGGGUAUAUUUCGACCUGGCUACGACAUGCAGCGGAGAACAUUUGAGGAAACCGCUGGUAAAGACAUGGUAUCGUUAUACAAAUUACUAUCACGUACAUUGGUAUGAUAUUCCUCUUCUCACACACUAGAACGCAAUACCAACAGUAAAGCACCCCACGAGCGACCCCCGAAGUCUAACGCCGCAAUCUCAAAGAGCGCGGGUUUGAACAAUCUGCUCAGAAGUUAGCUCAUGACGAGUCCGAUAACACGCUAACCGUAGUUCCUGACAUGGAUUC